AUGGAGAGUGGACAACUUGUCGCGGCGAAUCUCUUGAUUUGCAAUGCGCUGCACCCAACAAUGCCAGAAAGGGCAAGGUUGCCCGACCUUGCAGAGGCCAUCGAGGCCUUAGAUGCAGCCACAGCGGCCAGAAGUCUGUGUGCCGUGCAGCGUUCCAGCGGCGCGGCAGCGCACGCCGAACCGGUUGACAUCGAGGUCGUUGUGGACUCAGGGUCCGAUGCUUCUUGUUUGCCGAUGAGCUGGGGAACGAUUGGGCAAUCCGGCGGUGCCGACUCCCAGUGGUACCGCGGUGCCCAAGGAAACCGCAUAUCAGGCCGAGAGAUGCGCACGGCCACGAUUGAGAUUGCUGGGGUGAAGUUCCGUGAGCAUUGGCUGCUUUCGAGUGUUGCCCAGCCUCUCUUUUGUGUUGGCAAGCUCAUGAAGCGAAAUGGUUGGGACAUUAUCCAUGAUGCUGACAGGGUUCCGCACCUCACGAGCCCUGAUGCUAGAGUCCGCGUCCCACUGUUUUACAAGAACUACAGCUUGCAUGCAAAAGGUUUCAUCCGAGGAGUCGCGGCCUCUGAGGCCGAUGGUCAGCCAGGCAUCAGAGCACUUGAAGUUUCAGGCCCAUGGCUUGAGCUGUCUGAGGAAUUUCAUGAAGUUGCUCCUCUUGUGUAUGCCCGGCGGGACUUCAGCGAUUGCGUCGUUGAUUGUUCAGUGGCAUUGUCAGUGCCUCACCUGAGCCUUGGAGUGCAUUAUCGCACGACGCUUGUGCAGGACGGUUCGAGUUGGAAUGUCAUCGAGUUGAAUCAGGAUCUGUCCUUGCUUGAACAGCCCGAAGUUGAGUUUGAGCCGAAGGAAACGCGGCAUGUGAUCACCGUUGCGUCUUGUGACAAGAUCGAUGUUGAUGUGCUGUUUAAUCAGCAUGCAACCGGCCCGCCAGAGGCCGAGCAGGAUGCAAACAUGUCCGAAGCAGGGCUUCCUGAGUUCCCUGCUGAUUCCCUUGAUGAAAUGCUUGAAGAUGCGCCGGCCGGAGGGAUUGGAGAGGUUGACCCAGGUGAAGCCCCCAUCGGUGCCGAUGCAAGUGCAGCGCCAGACGACUCAGAGCAAGCCAGAGGCCACAUCGUUGUUGAUGGAGUUGAGCUGCAUGAAGGUUGCAAUCUUAAGACAUUGCGUGCUGCGUGCAAAGCCCUAGGCGCAGGCCAGAGCGGCGGCAAAGCCACGGUGUUGUCGAGGAUAGCCGGCCAUCUUGACGUCACCAAGUCCAGCAUGAUUCAAUUGCUUUGCAAAGCGAGCCGCGUCAGCAAGCCCCCGCCUGAUGGCGAACGCGGGGAAAAGCUUAUUUGCUUAAUUGCCAAGGAUGCCCACACUGGUGCCUGCGCUGCCAUCCCUACACCUGCCAAGGGAGGUUCGGUAGCUUUUCGGUUUCUAGUUGCCGAGCUUUGCAAGUUCAUCAGCUUUUGCGGUCAUUCCGAAGUCACCCUGCGAUCUGACGGCCAGCCCACUUGCCGAGCGCUGCAACAGGGUGUAAAGGACUUUAGGGAUAAGCUUAAGCUUGUUUCGCACCUUGAGCAAGUCGAGAAGGACAGCCAUGAAGGCAAUCCAGCAGAGCAGGCAGUCGAGCAGCUCAGACAGUUGACCGGGACACUUUUGUCUCAGGUCGAGCGUGAAAUGGGCCAGAAAAUUUCAACGAUGUCCCCGAUCCACGCGUGGGCUUGGAAGCAUGCAGCAUGGUUGCGCACCAGGUAUGCGCGGACUGAAGCGCACAGCCCCUUCGAGAUCAUCACCGGCAGACCAUAUCUUGGCAAGCUAGUGAGUUUCUGCGAAGUUGUGUAUGCCAGGGUGAAGUCUUCGAUCAAAGGGAAGGCCCGAUGGGUCGAUAUGAUUUCGCUUGGAAAGCUUGGAAUUUCAGAUUUGCAUUUUGGGGCCACCCAGGGAGGUUUUCUGAUUUCCAGCCGGAGUGUGCGGCGGUUGCCUAAGCAAUUUGACGCGAAUUUUCUUGAGUACGUUCACGACAUGCCUUGGACACAAGCCUCGUUCCUGGCGGGGCAGUCAGGGCAGUCUAGGCUCCAGAAGUCGAUUGCAGGCAAGAGUGAGGAAGCCAGCGACCAAGCUAAGUUGCCGGAAGUCGUUGCCAAUGAUGGGCCGAGGCCCAUGCUGCGUCCAGAGCCUCUUGUGCCAGAUGACACUGCUUUGUCUGCAUUUCUUCCGCCACCUCCAUUGCUGAUUUCGCCAGACCCUCCGACCCCUUUGUGA